AUGCCCCACCCUCCUUCGCGAUUACAACUCACCAGCUCGGGCACCUCCCUCCAUCCCCUCCCCCACCUUACUCCCUUCCCUCGCCUGGUGGACAGGCCGCCCUCUCACCACUUAUCACCCUCCCUUCCGUCCUCGCCUCCCUCCUUUCCUCCACAUACACCCCUCUGUUCCCCCGCUUACCCCCCCCCACCCCUCUUUCUCCCACAAUCACCCUUGAUUUCCCCCACUUACUGCUCUCCUUUCCCCGACGCCCUUGCAUGCACCGUCUCCCUCACUUUCCCCGUCUCCCCUACUUUCCCCGUCUCCCCUACUUUCCCCGUCUCCCCUACUUUCCCCGUCUCCCCUACUUUCCCCGUCUCCCCUACUUUCCCCGUCUCCCCUACUUUCCCCGUCUCUCCUACUUUCCCCGUCUCCCCUACUUUCCCCGUCUCCCCUACCUUCCCGUCUCCCCUACUUUCCCCGUCUCCCUCAAUUUCCCCGUCUCCCUCCCUCAUUCUCCCCAGCUCCCCCCCACCUUCUUCUUUGCUUACUUCCAUGCUCUUCCCUGUUUUCCACAAUCCUCUGCCCUGCUUCCCCCCACCCCCUGCCCAGCUUCCCCCCACCCUCCCUCCUGAUUCCCCCCAUCCUCUGCCCUCCUUCCCCCCAACCCCUGCCCUGCUUCCUCCCCCCCCUUUCCCACUUCCUCCCACCCUCUGCCCUGAUUACCCCCACCUUCUGGCCUGCUUCCCUCCAGGGCAGAGGCACACGCCAGGUCCCUCCACUCCCUGCACAUGUGCCUCUCCUCUCCCUGCUUUGCAUUUCCUUUGCCUCUUCCCCCCUCCUGCUCCUCCCCUCCCACAUCCACCUGCCAGGAGGACGACCUAG